AUGCUGGCGCUCACGCGGCGCGCGCCGCUCCGACUCCUCCAAAAGCGGCGCCUCCACCUCACGCCGCGCGAGGCGGACCACCUGCAGCUCCACCAGGUGGGGGCUCUCGCCCAGAAGCGCCUGGCCCGGGGCCUCAAGCUCAACCAGCCCGAGGCGACGGCGCUGAUCGCGACGGUGUGCCUCGAGAAGAUCCGCGACGGGGCGUCCGUCGCCGAGCUCAUGACCGUGGGCCAGCGGCUCCUGGGCCGCCGCCAGGUGCUACCCGGCGUCGCCGAGGUCGUCGGCGAGGUCCAGGUCGAGGGCACGUUCCCCGACGGCACGAAGCUCCUCACGGUGCACCACCCCAUCUCGGCCCUCGACGGCGAUUUGGAUCUGGCGCUCCACGGGUCCUGCCUGCCGGCGCCGGACCUCGCGGCCUUCGGCGACGCGGCCGCGCCCGCGGCGCCGGGCGCGUUCGCCUGCGGCGACGGCGCGGUGACGUUGAACGCGGGCCGCGCGGUCGUCGAGGUCAAGGUGACGAACACGGGCGACCGGCCGAUCCAGAUCGGGAGCCACUACCACUUCAUCGAGACGAACGCGGCCCUCGUCUUCGACCGGGGCGAGGCCUACGGCCGGCGGCUCAACGUGCCGUCGGGGAGCUCCGUGCGCUUCGAGCCGGGCGAGCGCAAGGUCGUGAGCCUGGUCGACAUCGCGGGCGCCCGGGUCGUGCGCAGCGGAAACUUGCUGACCGACGGCGCGGCGACGGCCGACCGCAAGGACGAGGUCAUGGCCCGCGUGACCGCGCGCGGCUUCGGCCACGAGGACGCCGGGUCCGCGCCGGGCGAGCCGCUGCAGCUCGAGCGGUCCCACUACGCGGAGCUCUACGGGCCCACGGUCGGCGACGUCGUCCACCUGGGAGACACGGCGCUGUCCGUGCGCGUCGAGCGGGACUUCACGUCAUACGGCGACGAGUGCAAGUUCGGCGGCGGCAAGACGCUCCGCGAGGGCAUGGGCCAGCAGACGGGCUGCGCGGCCGCGGACGCCCUCGACACGGUCAUCACGAACGCGCUCGUCGUCGACGCGGUCCUCGGCGUCGUGAAAUGCGACAUCGGCCUCAAGGGCAACCGCAUCGUCGGCGUCGGCAAGGCGGGCAACCCGGACGUCAUGGACGGCGUCACGCCGGGCAUGACCGUCGGCGUCACGACGGAGGCCAUCGCGGGCGAGAAGCUCGUCGUCACGGCCGGCGGCGUCGACACGCACAUCCACUUCAUCUGCCCCCAGCAGUGCGACGACGCCAUCGCGUCGGGCCUCACGACCAUGUACGGCGGCGGCACGGGCCCCGCGUCCGGCACCUGCGCGACGACGUGCACGCCCGCGCCGAGCGAGGUCGAGAUGAUGCUCAAGGCGACGGACGACCUGCCGCUCAACUUUGGGUUCUCCGGCAAGGGCAACACGAGCGACCCGGGCGGGCUCCUCGAGGUCAUCGAGGCCGGCGCCGCGGGCCUCAAGCUCCACGAGGACUGGGGCACGACGCCCGCGGCCAUCGACGCGUGCCUGACCUUCGCGGACGAGAACGACGUCGCGAUCACGAUCCACACGGACACGCUCAACGAGUCCGGCUUCGUCGACGACAGCCUCGGGGCCAUCAAGGGGCGCACGAUCCACACGUACCACAGCGAGGGCGCCGGCGGCGGCCACGCGCCGGACAUCAUCAAGGUCUGCGGCGAGCCGAACGUGCUGCCGAGCUCGACGAACCCGACGCGGCCCUUCACGGUCAACACCAUCGACGAGCACCUCGACAUGCUCAUGGUCUGCCACCACCUCGACAAGUCGAUCCCCGAGGACGUCGCGUUCGCCGAGUCGCGCAUCCGCGGCGAGACCAUCGCCGCGGAGGACAUCCUGCACGACACGGGCGCCAUCUCCAUCAUCUCCAGCGACUCCCAGGCCAUGGGCCGCAUCGGCGAGGUCAUCACGCGCACGUGGCAGACCGCGGACAAGAUGAAGAAGCAGCGCGGCCCGCUGCCCGAAGACGCGGCCGCCGGCGACGACAACACGCGCGUCAAGCGCUACGUCGCCAAGUACACGAUCAACCCGGCCAUCGCCCACGGCAUGUCCGACCACAUCGGCAGCGUCGAGGUCGGCAAGCUCGCGGACCUCGUGCUCUGGAAGCCGAGCCACUUCGGCGCCAAGCCCGAGAUGGUCAUCAAGGGCGGGGCCAUCGCCUGGGCCCAGAUGGGCGACCCGAACGCGUCCAUCCCGACGCCCCAGCCGGUGAAGAUGCGCCCCAUGUUCGGCGCGCUCGGCAAGGCCGUCGGCGACACGUCGCUCGCGUUCGUGUCGCGCGCGGCGCACGACCGCGGCGUCAAGGACCUCUACGGCCUCUCCAAGUCGACGGCGGCGGUCAAGAACACGAGGACCGUCGGCAAGAAGGACAUGGUCCUCAACGACGCGACGCCGGACAUCACCGUGGACCCGGAGACCUUCGAGGUCAAGGCGGACGGCGAGACCCUCACCUGCGACCCGGCGACGGCCGUGCCGCUCGCCCAGAGCUACUUUCUCUUCUAA